AAGAUCACCAACGACGCCAUGUUCCCCGCCAAGAGGAUCGGGCGCUACAUCAUGGUGGACGCUGACCGAUGCCGCGGGGUCAAAGUACUGGACAUCAUCAUCAUCGUACACACGGCCCCGGCUAACAUGGAGAGACGUCAACGGAUUCGGGACACCUUCGGCAACGAGGACCUCUUCGUCCCUUUUCGCGUUCGGACGGCUUUCUUGUUGGGGAAGACCGUCAACCGAACCCUGGAGCGCAUGCUGUUGCUCGAGCACGUGACCUACAAAGACACUAUCAUGGGGGAUUUUAUAGACUCUUACCGCAACCUGUCGCUCAAGGUGUCAUGGGAUACCGCUGGGUGAGCGAGUACUGCACCAACUCGAGGUUCGUGCUCAAGAUCGACGAUGAUGUCAUGAUCAACAUGUACAAACUGCUGUACUCUUUCCUGAACCACAUGAGCGGCAAGCCGAAGUCCAUCUUCUGCAACUUGUGGCAAAAGAAUCGGAUUCCCAUUUUGCGGCAGGGCAAGUGGAAGGUCGAGCCGCACGUCUUCUCCAAACAGAACACGUUCCCGUACGACUACUGCAGCGGCUUCGUGGUCAUCAUGACGACGGACCUGAUCCGCCCAAUGUUUGAGGCGGCAAUGAUCACCCCAUUUUUCUGGAUAGACGACGUGUAUCUCUUCGGGAUGCUGCCCAGCGUGGUGGGCAGUGUCACGUACUACAACUACGCGCUGAACCGGAACAUGACGCUCAAGGAACAGAACGCGCUCAACUGCACCAGAACUCAAGGACCGAGGUGUCCGAUCUUCGCGUCCCUCGUCAGUGACAAGUUGUUUUGGGGUUACUGGGACCUAAUCAAAGGGAUAUACACGCAGGCCAGCUCUUGGCGCGUGGAGAACAAGAUAGUCACGUGAUAAGAAGAGGGGUAGUUUAAAUGUCGUAAAACUCUAUUGACCAGACGUAUGUUAAUAUCACGAGUACCAAGACAUGGAGAAACUGAUUUCAUAGACUUUAUCAUAAUUUUUGUGUGUGUGUGUGUGUGUGUGUAUUACUUAAAUCAGGGAUCAAAUUUCUGAAAUGAAUUUAAAAAAAAACCAACAAUUUAUAUAAUGAAGCAGAUUCAGUCAAGAGGAGGACAUACUUUUGUUACAAAUUCUAUAUCAUCGUUUUUUAUUUAAUGAUUGAGCUGUAACGACCGCGAAGCAUUGUCCUUACUCUCUAAUCUGUGUGACCAGAAAGUCACGUGUGCGGUGUUUACACUCGAACAAUUCAGCACCCUUUAAUUGUUUGACAUUCAUGUGUCAUAUUUAUUUGAUGACGUUUCAGUAUUUCAUGUAUAAACAUAUGGUCUUGCAAGGCUAGAAGUUUUGUGGGCAUUUAUUUAUUUAUUUGUAUAAAAUACCGUCUCUACAAAAUUUGACCUUGUAUUAUGUUUUUUAAAUGUCAGAUUAGAACAGAUGUCGUAAAGCUCUAUUGACCAAAAGUACAAACUCUAUUGACCAGAAGUACAAACCCCCAAACCAGGUCAAAUGAGUCACUCCGGCUAAAUUUUUUUUAAAGGUCAAAUUAAGAGUAAAUUGGUCCAACUAGAGUCAUACCUCUCGAUUGGCUAUUCUCUUAACCACCCCUUCUAUGAUUUAUUACAGACAAAUUGUGAUGUGAUUGGGUUGAGAUUUAUCCUCUAUGAACUAUGAAAAACAAAUUGUUUUUUGAUUGGGUUGAAAGUCAUCUUCUAUGAACUAUGACACAUUGUGGUGUGAUUGGGUUGAUAGUAAUCUUCUGUGAACUAUGACAAACAAAUUGUGUUGUGAUUGGGUUGAUAGUUGACAAACAAAUUGUGUUGUGAUUGGGUUGAUAGUUGACAAACAAAUUGUGUUGUGAUUGGGUUGAUAGUCAUCUUCUAUGAACUAUGACAAACAAAUUGUGUUGUGAUUGGGUUGAUAGUAUUCUUCUAUGAACUAUGACAAACAAAUUGUGUUGUGAUUGGGUUGAUAGUAUUCUUCUAUGAACUAUGACAAACAAAUUGUGUUGUGAUUGGGUUGAGAUUCAUAUUCUAUGAACUAUGUCAAACAAACCAAGCGCCUUAAAGUAGAAUAUUGUAUUCAGCCAUUAUUGAUCACUUGUUUCUUGGGGCGUCCACCCCCACCCUCUAAGUUGUUAGACCAAACAACCCCCCCCCCCCGACUUUGGACUUGUUAAAU